CUGAACGCAUCCCAGCAGUGGGCUACAGAACCAAACAGAACCGUGCCAGACAGAGACCGCAGCAAGUAAACACACCUAUUCGACACAGUGAUAGCGGAAGCAAAUUUAGGAUACAGUUGUUAUAUUGAUUGGGGGCUCACGUUAGCUACCGUACACGACACGGCAGUAAACCCUUGAGAAAACUGGAAUAUUAUUACAGUAUUUGUUUUCGCACGGGAAUAGACUCCUGAUAUGCGCGUUAUGCACUGCAUCACUUUCGAUAAUAUGGACGAUUUUACCCUCAACAUAGAGUACCUCAUAUGGGAUUUAGGUUGGCAUCUAUAGCUAGGACAUUAUUCGUUGCAUUGGACUGAAAGCAGCUGUCCUUGAGCUCCAGGAUCAUGGGCCCCAUCAUGCAGGAACGCACUGCCUCCACGCCACUGAAACGGGUGGUUUCCAAAGAGAAGAUACGUACGAAAAAUUCUGAAAAUAACGGACCUAUUACGAGGUAAUCAAUCAAAUGCAUUAUAAAGCCAUUUUAACAUCAGCAGUUGUCACAAAGUGCUUAUACAGAAACCCAUCCUACAACCCCAAAGAGCAAGCAAUGCAGAUGUAGAAGCACAGUGGCUAGGAAGAAACCUAGAGAGGAACCAGGCUCUGAGGGGUGGCCAUUCCUCUUCUGCCUGUACGGGUGGAGAUUAUAAGGGUACAUGGCCAUUAAUGCCAGAUCGUUCUUCAAAAUAUUCAAACGUUCAUAGAUGACCAGCAGGGUCAAAUAAUAACCACAGUGUUUAUAUAGAGCAGUUGUUCCCCCAAACUGUAGUAAUGUUCGAGUCAUUCAAAUAUCAUAUGGAUACACAUUAGACAUGGCAAAAAUGUAUAGAAACACAAGAAAAUGAGCUUUAAAACUGAGAAAAUGUUUUCUGCACACCAUGACAAAAUGUGUAGAAUUACAGGAAAUAAGCAUUAAACCUGCAACGUUUUCACUAUGCCAACAAGAGGGGUGUGAACAGUUUGUGCUAGCUAGCACCCAGUGUCCUUCAGGUAAAUCCAUAUGAAUUCAAUCACUUUUUGACAGCAUCACUUUUGAUUUAAUCAAAAUGUUGUAAACAUGUUUGCCCAUGGAAGAAGUGGUCAGAAAGUGACUUUUUGGACCUGAAUGCCAAAUCAUUUAGGAUAUUUAUCUUGGCCAGGUCGCAGUUGUAAAUGAGAACUUGUUCUCAACUGGCUUACCUGGUUAAAUAAAGGUACAAAAAAAUAGAGGUGCUCAAAGUUGACCCAUUUUGCAUACCCCACCAUACCGUGAGACAUCCAUGUCUUCAUCACUGGAAAAUAUACAGUAAAUGGUUGAGUUUGAUAUAAUUAAAAAGCUUACAAACAGGGUUGUCAAACAAUUUCAUAAAUAAAUAAUUGAAUAAACAUUCUAACAUUUUUUUGGACCUUUAAUGUAAUAGAAAGAAGACGAGUAGGCGGCCAGUACGUUGCAAUAAACUUGAGUGAACUAUUAACAGAAUGUAUUUACAAAAGAGUACAUAUGGGAGCAGUCAGCAUAGUACAUCAGGAUGCACAACUGCAACGCAUUUCGACUACUAGAGUUUUCCUCAGGUAGCGUUGUGGACGGAAGCUGACAUGUCUCUAGAAAUGGAGGUGGGGACAGGUAAAUGUCACAUGACAGGUAAAUAACUACAUACAAAACAAAUCUACAACAUUAUCACGAGGCAACAUGAAAAAUAGCGCACAGGAAUGUAUACAAAGAACGUGCGUGAAGGGAUACGCUAUCAGAGUUGCGUGCGUGACGCCUUGAUCUCACCGAUACUGUUUUCGUGCAAAAUAGUAGGCAGCAUCAUCUGGCUAUGUGUGCAACAAAAGUUCAACAUUCACCUUCUGCUACCAUUUCUGUGAAGCCGUCUACGCAUACAGUUUGACGCAUACGUUCGAUAAAUCCAAUGAAUGCACCACAUAGAACGCACUGCAACUGCCUCUGCAACGCAAUGCUGCAAGUCAAACACAGCAUUCCAUUGGAAAUGAAUUUACUUCUGGUGUACCAAAAUGCAUUGACACUUGGUGUGAUCGAGGCGUAAAAGACAGAUUAUGCACUGGUGCGUAAACUACAUUGUAUAAAAACACACACAGGAAGUACACCGUGGCGGUAAUCAGCAACUCAGCAGUGCAAGGAAUUACACAAAAGGCUGUAUACUAUAGGGGAAACUAUGUAUACUAGAGAAAACAGUUCAGCUGUAGUUGUUUGUUUAAUCCGUGGGGAGCGACAGUAUCUAGGAGGUGGAUCCAUUUAGCCUCUUUUUCUUAGUGAUAAACGGUCAAAAUCACCCCCUCUCUCAUUUCUCUGCAAUUUCUCUACAGCCCAGAACUUUAGUUCAUUGACUGUGUGUUGGUGUUGAAUAAAGUAGGCUGCUAGAGGAUAAUUCUCGUCCUUGCGUCUAAUAUAGCUCUUGUGUUCUAUGAUCCCUGUUCUCAGUGCGCAUAUGGCAGGGUUCUUCAAUUCCGGUCCUGGAGGGCCGAAACACUUCUGUUUUUUAUUUCUACCUGGUAGUUAAUUGCACUCACCUGGUGUCCCAGGUCUGAAUUAGCCCCUGAUUAGAAGGAGAGGAUGAAAAACAGAGGUGUUUCGGCCCUCCAGGACCGGAAUUGAAGAACCCUGGCAUAUGGUCUUCACGAUGUAUAAUUUGGAGCACGGGCACUGGAUGGCAUAGAUGACUCCUUUGGAAGCGCAUGUAGUCAGGCACUUCAGGGUGAUUGGUUUUUGGAUGGGGAAAUUGUUUUUGUGAUUGUGCGCAACAGGAAGUGUGCGCACGGGUAAUGGCCUAUAGGGAGUGUGAGGCCAUCGAUAGUGUUUUGUGUGGGUGCAUCAGUUUUGUGUAUAGAGUGCACCAGUUUGUCUCUGAGAUUGGUGUUCCUUGUGAGAGCCACAAGGGGUUUCUCAUUAAAAUUGUCAUGUAAUAGCAGGACAUGCCAAUGUCUGUGCAGGACUAUUUUGUUGGCAAUGGGGGAGUAUUGGAUACUGCAUAAUAGUCGGUUGGACUGUUGCUUUUUUCGUGGUUGUAGCAGUAUGUCUCAAUGUGAAUACAGUGCUAUCUUGUAUGCUGUUUUUAUGACCUUUUGACUGUAGCCUCUCUCCGUAAACCUUACCUUCUAAUCAUUAGCUUUUUCAAUGAACUCAUUUCUAUCCGAGCACAGUCUCCUGAGAUGUGCAAACUGUCUGACAGGAUUGUCUUUGAGUGUGUUCGGGUUGUAGCUGCUAGCCAGUAGUAAUGUGUUAAGGUCGGUUUCUUUUCUAUACUGAACAAAAAUAUAAAUGCAACAUGUAAAGUGUUUCAUGAGUUGAAAUAAAAGAUCCUAGAAAUGUUCCAUACACACACAAAGCUUAUUUCUCUCAAAUAAAGAAUUUGGCAGUACGGCCAAACGGCCUCACAACCGCAGACCACGUGUAACCACGCCAGCCCAGGACCUCCACAUCCGGCUUCUUCACCUGCGGGAUCGUCUGAGACCAGCCACCUGGACAGAUGAUGAAACUGAGGAGUAUUUCUGUCUGUAAUAAAGCCCUUUUGUGUGGAAAAACUAAUUCUGAUUGUCUGGGCCUGGCUCCCCAGUGAGUGGGCCUAUGCCCUCCCAGGCCCCACCCAUGGCUGUGCCCCUGCCCAGUCAUGUGAAAUCCAUAGAUUAGGCCCUAAUUUAUUAAUUUCAAUUGACUGAUUUCCUUAUAUGAACUGUAACUCAGUAAAAUAAUUGAAAUUGUUGCGUUUAUAUUUUUGUUCAGUGUGUGUGUGUAUAUAUAUAUAGGCGGCAGGUAGCUUAGUGGUUAAGAGCGUUGUGCCAGUAACCGAAAGGUCGCUGGUUCUAAUCCCCGAGCCGACUAGGUGAAAAAUCUGUCGAUGUGCCCUUGAGCAAGGCACUUAACCCUAAUUGCUCCUGUAAGUCGCUCUGGAUAAGAGCGUCUGCUAAAUAUGUUAAAUUUAAAUAUAUAUGGUAGUGGAGAGUCUGUUGCCAUGGUUUUUGAUGAGGUCAAAAAAAUUGACACGGUCAGUGCUGAAGUCCAUAGUGAAUCUGAGGUUUGUGUUCCAUGUAUUGAGGAGAGCAAAAAAGUCAUGGAGCACUUGUUCGCUACCUGUCCACAGCAUCAGUAUGUCGUCAAUGUACCUGUACCAACCCAUGACGUUUGGUAGGAAAUGGUUGACCUGGGGAUCAUACGCACUGUGUCUUUCGAAGGUUACCACAUACAAAUUGGCAACAUUAGGGGCCAUAGUGGCUCCCAUCGCAACUCCUAUUUGUUGGAGGUAGAAGUCCUUUUUGAACAAAGUUAUUGGCAAGAGCAAUGGAGGCCAGAGAGGUAAUGAAGCCAGAGGAAGAUACAUUCUCUUCUCUCCGUAGGAGAGAAUGACAUCGAUCACUUCUUUUUGGGGGAUGUUGGUAUACAGUGAUUCUACAUCAAAGGACCUUAACCUUUAACGUAAAUUAUCUAAAAAUGCGUAAACACUGAUUUUCUUCAUAUUCACAUAUGUUGUAGCUUAGACUUUAAUUUACAUCUUAGGAUUUUCUGUUGUGCCCGCCAUUGGUUGAGACCCAACUUGCUCUUGAAUACAGGGUGGGUGUCAUUUAAAUCAUAUAAAUAUAAUUCAUAGAAUGGACCUAUCCCUUCAGACCAUUGCAAUUUAGCUGGUACACCAUAGAAAUGUAAAUUGAAUUGAAAUUUGAUCUUCUAAUUACUACCAUAAAGAUGUAUUUUCUAUUAUCUAUAUUUCUAUGAUGUCAAUAGGUUUCCUAUGGAGGAUUGAGUAUAAUUUAAAACUACAUAUUCCCAUUCAAAUCAACAUUCUCUGAUGUGUGGACCUCUAACCAUCUUUGUCGUACUAUUUGAAAGUCAAACUUUAUUCAAUUUUAUUACAUUUAUCAGCCAAAACAUGACACCCAACCUGUAUUCAAGAGCAUGUUGUGUCUUAACCAAUGGUGGACACAACCGAAAAUCUCAGAUGAAGUAAAAUAGGGUCUAAGCUACAACAUAUCCGAAUAUGAAAAAAUCUGAGUUUCCUCAUUUUUAGAUAAUUGACGAGGUAGAAAAAUGUUUUUUAAAUUAAAAUUAAAUACAUUUCAAGAAAUUAUAAAACAGUUUGACAGCCCUGUUUGUAAGUUUUUAAAUUAUAUAAAUCUCAACCGUUUAUCUUUUUCAGUGAUGAUGACAUGGAUGUCUCAUGGUAUGCAAAAUAGGUCAACUUUGAGCACCUUUUAUGUCUUGAAUGUUUUGGCAUUCAGGCCAAAACAAUCACUUUCUGAGCACUUCUAUAAUGGACAAAUAUGUAUGGAAGGUUUUGUUUAAAUCAAAAGGGGUGGUGUCAAAAAGUGAUUGAAUUCAAAUGGGUUUACUCCUUCGCUUAACGCCUGCCGAAAACCUGCCCACACCGUGGUUAACAGAACUGCGGGAAAACAGUGUGCUAGCUAUCUACAUAUCCCGCCUCCUGCUUGCUAUGUACCGCCGGUGUCCUAGUUAGCUACCUAGCAUCUAGUGUCCUUCGCUAACACUUGCCCUAGCCGUUGUUAACAUACUGUAACUGCAGGAAAGCAGUGCCCAACAGGCACUUCUUCUUCUGUGGGUUUUAUCGGCGGUUGGCAUCCAACAUUAUGGUGCAUUACUGCCACCUACUGUACUGGAGCGCCACCGCCUCCAGCCUGUUUAAUGGAGUCCUAGCUUAAAAACUGACCAAUAGAAGUAUAAAGAGGGGUCCCGAAUUGCAUCUAGUGCAAAUAGAUAAUUACAAGCCCUCUCCCGUCUCCUCACUCCACUCUCUUGUUUCAACAGUUCAAAAAAAGCUAACAAGGUGAAGAAGGCAGGAGCUCAGCUCAAGAAUGCCCUUCCAGGGCCAGGUCAGGAUAAGGACACUGUGUCGACAAUCCAGAGGGUGAGUGACUUGUGGUGAAAUAAUCUUGCAGGUCUUGCAGAUCAUGAGGUCUUGUUAUGUGCACAAUUACCAUUAACCAGACUAGUGUUUGGCAAAUAACUUAUUUUCCAAAGGCUACUUUGUUCAGUAUAUGAUACAUUUUCUCCACAGGGCAUUCAUUCAAAGGGGAGCAGAGUCAAAUCUGGCACUAUUCGAAACACUACCAAACUGGCAAGGUAAGUUUAUAGGGGAACCCUUUCUUAAAAUGACUCAGUGCAGUCAAAUCCUUAACAACACUUUAACUCUCCACAGCCCUCAAGAAGAAGGAGGAUUGAAGUCUAAACCACACACAUACUCCUCAACACAGAGGCAGGAGGAGAAGCGAGAGGUGCAGCAAACGUCCCCAUGUUGCGGUGAGGUAGAUCAGAACCAUGGGGUACUGGGCCGAAGUCGGAAAGCUCUCUCUCUGCCCCUCUCCCCUAUACCUGGGCUGUGCCAGGGGCCAAUGCGGCUUCACACACACACUCAAGUCCCCACCCUGGAGUCUCUCAGGCAGUUUGAGCAGAAGGAAGACGACUCGGACAGCGCCAGCGACCUGUCAGACUCAGAGAGACUGCCCGUACUCCCCUCCCCCUGUACCCCAUGCACCCCACCCCAUCUCAACCUCCGCGCUGAAGUGAUCAACUCCAGUGACUUCCCCCCAGCCUUCCCAGGACCACACGGGGCCACGAACGACAACGACAGCGUCAGCUACAGCUACCCUGACUUCCUGCCUCCUCCCUUCAACACCUGGAGCCUCCGCCAGCUGGCUGUGUUCCUCCACACAGAGGGCCGAGGCGCACCUCGCCCCAAACCCGUGGGGCCCCUGGAGAAGUACCUGGAGAGGCUGCUGCAGUUGGAGUGGCUCCAGAUCCAGACUGUGCAGGCGGAGACCUGCCGACCUGCGGGAAGCCGUCCCAGGGCCCUGGGCUUCCCCUCUGCCACCACCACGAACGCCCCUCGGCCCCACACGGCGCCCCCCAGCCGCCUCAGCUCCCCCAAAGGCCUGCGGCAGUGUCAGCGCUCCUUCCCGUUUGCCCCUCACAACCCCCCUUCGCUGGCAGCACAGCAGCUCGCCCACCUCCCUGUCUGCCCCCAUUGUCACAUCCGCUACCCUCUGUGCAAUGGGAGCUGCUCCUCCUACGCCUACCAGCGCCACUCACGCCUCAGUCCCCUGCUGGAGCGCCGAGCCAGGCCCGGGGUUCCCCCGAAGAGGAGCAGCAGUGAGAGCCGGGUCACUUCCUCUGAGGGUAGGGCCACAGGCUGCAGUGGAGGAGGACAGACUCCAGGUAGCCCCUCGGCAGGAAGAAGCCACGUCAGAAACAUGCAGGCGGUGGGCAACAUCCGCAAACCCGCCCAGGAGCCAGGCACUAACGGUAAAGGUCAGGCCGGUGUGAAGAAAGGCCGCGCCAGAGCCAAUUCGGAAGCUGAGGGGAGGAAGGAGUCCAGUACGGCUAAGGCUGGUGUGGAGAAACGCACACACUCUGGAAGUAAACGAGAGGCUAACACCACCAAGAGGGUCGAGAAAGACUGUCAGAGGACAGAAACAGGAAGUCAGGCAUCUAAAAGUGGGGUUAAAAGAACAGUAAAAGAGCCACUCUCUCUCUCCAAGGCACCAUUGUCUGCCAAGGCGAAUGGAAAAGCAAAG